AUGUCCGCACAACUUAUCUCUAUACUUUCCAAACAACUCAACCUUCCUUCCCACUCCGUACAAAACACUUUGUCGCUGCUGGAUGAAGGUGCCACCGUACCUUUUAUUUCACGCUACCGCAAAGAGGUGACCGGCAGCCUGGAUGAAGUGCAGAUCGGAGCAAUUAAAGAAGAAUACCAGCGCCUGCAGGAACUGCUCAAACGCAGAUUAUCCAUUUUGGAAAAUAUCCGUGAGCAAGGCCAGUUGAAUACGGAACUGGAAGAAAAGAUCAACAACACAUGGACCUCUGCCGAGCUGGAAGAUUUGUACCUGCCCUAUAAACCCAAACGAAAAACACGCGCCAGCAUAGCCCGUGAAAAGGGUUUGGAGCCACUGGCCGGCAGCUUAAUGAAACAAGAUAUCAAAGAUGUACACAGCUUUGCCGAACGCUUUACCUCCGCAGAAAUAGCGGAUGCGGAAGAAGCCCUGGCCGGAGCCCGCGAUAUUAUGGCCGAAUGGAUCAAUGAACGUGCUUAUGCCCGCAAUACCAUCCGCAGGCUGUUUGCCCAUGAAGCAGCCGUUACCUCCAAACUGGUAAAAGGUAAAGAGGAAGAGGGCGCUAAAUACAGCGACUAUUUCAGGUUUUCAGAACCCCUCAAGCGUAUUCCAAGCCACCGUAUGCUGGCCCUCAGGCGGGCCGAAAGUGAAGGUAUACUGCGCCUUUCUAUAGUGCCACCGGAAGAAAAAGCCCUGGAUCAGCUGGAGCGCAUUUUUGUGAAAGCCCAUAAUGAAUCAUCUGCCCAGGUAAAACUGGCGGUAAAAGACAGCUAUAAACGUUUACUUGCCCCUUCCAUAGAAACAGAGUUCAGGAACAGCAGUAAGGAAAAAGCCGAUACCGAAGCCAUAGCCGUAUUUGCCUGGAACCUCAGGCAAUUGCUCCUUACCCCUCCCCUUGGCCCCAGGCGUACCUUGGCCAUAGACCCCGGUUUUAGAAGCGGUUGUAAAGUAGUGUGCCUGGAUGAACAGGGUAAGCUGCUACACAAUGAAAACAUUUAUCCCCACCCCCCGCAAUCCGAGGGUGGAAAAGCUGCAGCCAAAAUCAGCAACCUGGUAGAAGCUUAUAAAAUUGAAACGAUAGCCAUUGGAAACGGAACAGCCGGGCGGGAAACUGAGGACUUUAUUCAAAAGCGCCUGCGCCUCCAAAAAGGUGUAAAUGUAUUUAUGGUAAAUGAAGCCGGGGCCUCCGUUUAUUCGGCUUCCAAAGUGGCGCGGGAAGAAUUUCCCACUUACGAUGUUACGGUACGCGGAGCGGUAUCCAUUGGCCGCAGGUUAAUGGAUCCAUUGGCCGAGUUGGUAAAGAUCGAUCCCAAAUCCAUUGGUGUGGGCCAGUAUCAGCAUGAUGUAGACCAAAACCAGCUUAAAAAGAGCCUGGACACCGUGGUGGAAAGCGUGGUAAACCAGGUAGGUGUAAACCUGAAUACCGCAUCCAAACACUUACUCAAUUAUGUAUCGGGCCUGGGUCCUAAGCUGGCGGAAACCCUUGUGGAACAUCGUGCUGAACACGGAGUUUUUAAAGACCGUAAUCAACUUUUGGAAGUAAAAGGCCUUGGGCCCAAGGCGUAUGAACAGGCAGCCGGUUUUCUACGUAUCCAGAACGGUACUAACCCCUUAGACAAUUCAGCGGUACAUCCGGAAAGUUAUGCCGUGGUGAAACAUAUGGCCAGGAAUCUUAACCGACCGGUACAAUUACUUAUUGGGGCUAAGGAAGCAUUGAAGAAGGUGGAUUUACAAACCUACGUAACCGAUCAAACCGGUUUACCUACUUUAAAGGAUAUUAUAGAAGAGCUGUCCAAAGGAGGACGCGAUCCGCGCGGUAAAGCCAAAGUAUUCUCCUUUGACCCCGGCAUCCGGAAGGUGGAAGACCUUAAGGAAGGUAUGAUUUUGCCCGGACUGGUAACCAACAUUACCAAAUUCGGUGCUUUUGUGGACGUGGGUGCCAAACAGGACGGCCUCGUGCAUAUUUCGCAAUUGGCCGACCGUUUUAUAAGUGAUCCCACGGAGAUCGUACGCCUCAACCAGGAGGUAGAGGUAAAAGUGCUUGAGGUAGAUAUCCCCCGUAAACGGAUACAGCUGAGCAUGAAGGAAGUGUAA